CCGCGCCCCCGCCGCCGCACUCGGUCUUCUGCGUUGUGAACGAGCACGUCGAAACGACGUUGACGUGAGGCUUCAAGAUGGCGGAAGCCUUGACGAGUCAGGAGGAACUGGCGGUGGAGGAGUUCCUGAGUGAGGUGCGUAGCAGAGAACAUCCCCACAGUGCAGCUCUGGUCUCUCAGCCGACCGCUGUCAAGUUCCUCAUGGCGCGCAAGUUUGAUGUCUCCCGAGCAAUAGACCUCUUCCAGGCAUACAAGAACACGAGGAUUAAGGAGGGCAUCUUCAACAUUAACCCAGAAGAGGAACCUCUCCGUUCUGAACUGCUCAGUGGAAAGUUCACCGUCCUGCCUGGUCGUGAUGCUAAGGGUGCUGCUCUGGCUCUGUUCACCGCUCGUCUCCACCGCUCUGACGUCACUACCCAUAGGGCUGUGCUGCAGGCCAUCAUCUUUCAGCUGGACAAAGCCAUCGAGAGUGUUGACACCCAGAGAGAUGGUUUAAUAUUCAUCUAUGACAUGACCAACUCCAGCUAUGGGAACUUUGACUAUGAGCUCUGUGUCAAGAUCCUCGACCUCCUCAAGGGUGCGUUCCCAGCGCGUCUGAAGUGUGUGUUCAUCGUGUCGUCUCCUCUCUGGUUCAGAGCUCCCUUCGCCGUCCUCAGACUCUUCGUACGUGAGAAGCUGAGAGAGAGGGUGUGUACAGUGAAGGCCCACGAACUGUCCAAUUACAUCCCAGUCUCUUCUCUUCCGGAACACCUGGACGGAACCUCCCGGUAUAGCCACGUUGCCUGGAUACAGUCCUGCGUCAACACACACGCCGCCCCAGGCGACGCGAGCACACACCCGCACGACACACACGACUGCGUGGGCAGCCUGUUGCUCUCGUACAGCCUGGAGCCACACAACGCUAACGCCGCCGCUACGUUAGCCGCUACGCAAACCUCCAUAGACUCCCACUCAGAUUCGCCGCUGCAGUUAGCCUCCGAGCUAGCGUUAGCGGCUACGGCUAAUUCCAACUGCUACGACGACAGUAAUGCUAACCCACACGUCCACUGUGGUACAGGGAACGGCAGGACUCGAGGCCGGGCCCAGAACAGCCCCCAGAGCUCUGGACCACAGAGGAAUCCCCAACAUUGGAACGGUUCUGCCCGUAACUACGGGGUGAAGGCAGGGUUUGGGGUCGGACACGCCCCCGGACACACCCCUCCAUCACAAAGUAGUAGGAAUUACGAUGAGUGUCGGGAAGAGGUGUCCGUACACAUGCCUGACGGGGUAGGGAUGAACGUGUUGGAGCUGGUGGAGCACGUGAAGAAGAGGAAGAAGAAAGGAAUCUACCAGAGUAUGAAGAGAUACGCAGGAGCCUCCUACUGGAGCUUCCUACCUGAAAAGCUGUCCAAUCAGAUCAAGACAGGUACACGUGAUGUCCUCUGUCUGGACCAAUCACGUGUCAGACUCUGCCAGCUCUGUGACGAUGAGGACGAGACGUCAGACUACAUCAAUGCUAGUCUUAUGGACGGCUACAAGAGGAGCAACGCUUAUAUCGCAACUCAGGGUCCUCUGCCGAAGACGUUUGGUGAUUUCUGGCGCAUGGUGUGGGAGCAGAUGGUGCUGAUAGUUGUCAUGACUACCAGGGUGGUAGAGCGUGGGAGAGUAAAGUGUGGUCAGUACUGGCCGAAAGAGGAGGGGACAACGGAGCAGCAUGGCCACUUCCUGGUUAGGAACACAUCCAUCCAGCUGUAUCAGGACUUCAGACUGUCUCACCUGGAACUAUACAACAGCCAGACAGGUGAGAGGAGGGAGGUCUCCCACUACCUGUAUGUCAGCUGGCCAGACUUCGGUGUGCCCAAGUGUGCGUUGGCCAUGUUGGAUUUCCGUGAGCACGUGCAGCAGCGGCAGGAGGCGGCGCUGAGGAGUCUGGGAGCUGAAUGGGUGGGGCCCCCAGGUGGGCCACCGCUGGUCGUACACUGCAGCGCAGGCAUCGGACGCACAGGUACGUUCUGUACCCUGGACAUCUGUCUGUCCAGGCUGGAGGACAUUGGGACGGUGGAUGUGUGUGAGACAGUGAGGAGGAUGAGGACCCAGAGAGCCUUCAGUAUACAGACCUGGGAUCAGUAUUACUUCUGCUACACGGCCGUCAUCGAGUACGCACAGCGACGCGGCAAACUGACCCCGGUACAGUGGUCCGAUUCAGACCUGGAGACAGACAGCGAGUGACGGGAUGGGAUGGGUGGAGGAUGGAAUGAACGUAGGGAGAGGGAGGGAAACAGGAUGUGUUCCAGGAAGAGGAAGAGGGUGGGAUGAAUGCAGGCUGAUGGAGGGAGGGAAACAGGAUGUGUCCCAGGAAGAGGAAGAGGGUGGAGGAUGGAAUGAACGCAGGCUGAUGGAGGGAGGGAAACAGGAUGUGUCCCAGGAAGAGGAAGAGGAAGAGGGUGGAGGAUGGAAUGAAUGCAGGCUGAUGGAGGGAGGGAAACAGGAUGUGUCCAAGGAAGAGGAAGAGGGUGGAGGAUGGAAUGAACGCAGGCUGAGGGAGAGGGAGGGACAGGGAGAUGGAGGAGGGAUGGAAACAGGAUGUGUCCCAGGAAGAGGAAGAGCGUGUGAAAGCUAAACGACUCUUGAGUUACUCCCCCAAUCAAGAGGAGGAGAUGAGAUGUAUCAACAAUUGAUUGAUUGAUAGAUAGAGCAGAGUCCUGCCAUUUAGUUUGUAGUGGGGCGGCUCUGAGCUAAGAGGAGCUGGGCCUGGCCUGGCCUGUUUCUCCCAUAGAGCUAAGAGGAGCUGGCCCUAUCCUGGCCUGGCCUGGCCUGUUUCUCCCAUAGAGCUAAGAGGAGCUGGCCCUAUCCUGGCCUGGCCUGGCCUGUUUCUCCCAUAGAGCUAAGAGGAGCUGGCCUCUCCUGGCCUGGCCUGGCCUGUUUCUCCCAUAGAGCUAAGAGGAGCUGGCCCUAUCCUGUCCUGGCCUGUUUCUCCCAUAGAGCUAAGAGGAGCUGGCCCUAUCCUGUCCUGUCCUGAUCUGUUUCUCCCAUAGAGCUAAGAGGAGCUGGCCCUAUCCUGUCCUGUCCUGAUCCGUUUCUCCCAUAGAGCUAAGAUUAGCUGGCCUGUUUCUCCCAUAGAGCUAAGAGGAGCUGGCCCUAUCCUGUCCUGGCCUGGCCUGUUUCUCCCAUAGAGCUAAGAGGAGCUGGCCCUAUCCUGUCCUGGCCUGGCCUGUUUCUCCCAUAGAGCUAAGAGGAGCUGGCCCUAUCCUGUCCUGGCCUGGCCUGUUUCUCCCAUAGAGCUAAGAGGAGCUGGCCUGUCCUGUCCUGGCCUGGCCUGGCCUGGCCUGUUUCUCCCAUAGAGCUAGCUAGAGGGCUCUGCUUUGCACCUGUGCGACAAUGUCUUGUGUGACAGCAUGUGCUGCACCAUAGAGGUCUGUCUAAGUCUAUGGUCGCUCUCCCUAAUGACACACGACGAUGAAUGACCCACUGGACUGUCAACCUUCUUUUUGACCUCUUCUUCUUCUGUCUUUUAUCGGCCUUUAGUUCUAUGGUGAUGUAUUUCCUGUUUAGGUAAUGAAACCCCUCCGCAAGCCAAAGCCGCCGACUCCCUGAGUGCUUGAACAUACUGAUUUAUACUGAGACAUGAGGAGCAUUAACACCCUGUAUAUUCCUAUAUAUUAUAUAUAUAUAUAUAUAUAUAUAUAUAUAUAUUCCUGUAACAUACGUGUAUAUAUUGUGUUUAUAAUAGUAAUAAUAAUAACUACAAUGUCUAAUGGAGGAAGAUGAAGGACGACAACAAGCCUUGGGGUCAAUAACAAGCCUUGUUUUAAUUUAAUUUUCUCUAACCUUGGGGUCAAUAACAAGCCUUGUUUUAAUACAAUUCUCUCUAACCUUGGGGUCAAUAACAAGCCUUGUUUUAAUGUAAUUCUCUCUAACCUUGGGGUCAAUAACAAGCCUUGGGGUCAAUAACAAGCCUUGUUUUAAUGUGAUUCUCUAACCUUGGGGUCAAUAACAAGCCUUGUUUUAAUAUAAUUCUCUCUAGCCUUGGGGUCAGUAACAAGCCUUGUUUUAAUAUAAUUCUCUCUAUCCUUGGGGUCAACAACAAGCCUUGUUUUAAUGUGAUUCUCUCUAACCUUGGGGUCAAUAACAAGCCUUGUUUUAAUAUAAUUCUCUCUAUCCUUGGUGACAGAUAUCUAUAUUAGUGGGCUGGAAUAUGACAACAGAAGAUUACCGAUUGGUCAUGUUGAUAUUGAAUACUCUGUUUUUAUUGGUCAGGUUGUAUGUCUUAUAACAGUUUGGGCAUCCUGGUUUUAGAUGAUCAGUUGGCCUUAACACUUCCUGUUUCACUGCCUCGGGACCCUCCCUCUACUCUCUCUUCUUCCUGUUUCACUGCCUCGGGACCCUCCCUCUACGGUCUCUCUCCUUCUUCCUGUUUCACUGCCUCGCACCCUACCUCUACGGUCUCUCUCCUUCUUCCUGUUUCACUGCCUCAGACCCUCCCUCUACUGUCUCUCUCUCUCUCUUCCUGUUUCACUGCCUCGUACCCUCCCUCUACUGUCUCUCUCUUCUUCCUGUUUCACUGCCUUACCCUCCCUCUACUGUAUAUCUCUUCUUCCUGUUUCACUGCCUCGGACCCUCCCUCUACUAUCUCUCUUCUUCCUGUUUCACUGCCUCGAACCCUCCCUCUACUGUCUCUCUCUUCUUCCUGUUUCACUGCCUUACCCUCCCUCUACUGUCUCUCUCUUCUUCCUGUUUCACUGCCUCGAACCCUCCCUCUACUGUCUGUCUCCUUCUUCCUGUUUCACUGCCUCGAACCCUCCCUCUACUGUCUCUCUCUUCAUCCUGUUUCACUGCCUCGAACCCUCCCUCUACUGUCUCUCUUCAUCCUGUUUCACUGCCUCGGACCCUCCCUCUACUGUCUCUCUUCUUCCUGUUUCACUGCCUCGAACCCUCCCUCUACUGUCUCUCUCUUCAUCCUGUUUCACUGCCUCGGACCCUCCCUCUACUGUCUCUCUUCUUCCUGUUUCACUGCCUUACCCUCCCUCUACUGUCUCUCUUCUUCCUGUUCCCCGGGUUACGUUCCAAAAUGGCACCUUAUUCCCUAUUUGGUGUUGGAAAAGGUCACUCGUGCGCUAGUGCACUAAAUAUUUAGUGGUCAAAAGGGCUCUGGUCAAACGGUAGUGCACCGUAAGGGAAUUAGGAUGCUGUUGAGGACACUUCCCUUCAUCUGAAGGUCUCAUGCUUCCUCAGAUAUGUGCCUUCCAGCUUUCCGUAGUUUUGUUGUUUUGUUGUUCCGGCCUCCCAAAAAACCAACAAAAUUUGGACCCAAAAGCAACCUGCGUACGUACUUACCUAAUAUACAUAAUGUCUACGUUCAAAAUGCCAUCCUAUUCCCUAUGAAGGGCCCUGGUCAAAAGUAGUUCACUAUAUAGGGAAUAGGGUGCAGUUUCUGACGCAGCCAUUGGCUGAAUCUCUGGUGAUGUAGUUUCUGACGUAGCCAUUGGCUGAGUCUCCGGUGAUGUAGUUUCUGACGUAGCCAUUGGCUGAGUCUCCGGUGAUGUAGUUUCUGACGUAGCCAUUGGCUGCAUCUCCGGCGACGCCCAUUUCUGACAUAGCCAUUGGCGACGCCCAUUUCUGACAUAGCCAUUGGCUGAGUCUCCGGUGAUGUAGUUUUUUUCCCCCUUGUAGUGCACUAUAAACUAGUGUACUGUAAACUAGUGUACUGUAAACUAGUGUACGACAGAGGGGGAGCGAGACGGACAACAGUAAUAUCAUUGGUGUUCAGUUGUUUUAUGUUCAUGCUGGUGUUUUUUGCCUCGUUGUCAAAAGAUCCCAUUUUUCUGGUUUCGCCUCUUUUGUGAUUAUCAUUUUAAAUAAGUAUAUCCAUUUUAUUUAGUAUUUUAUAUAGUUUAUACUGUAUUGUAUUCUAUCGUAUAUUUAUGUCUUUGUAAAAAAAAAAAAAUGUUUUGGAAAAAAAACGGACAAACUUAAGUAUUGAAAAUCGAUGAAUGUUGGUACGAAUGAUGCUUGUAAACAGAAUAAAUACAUAACAAUCUGA